GAGUCGCUUGUCUUCUUCCAGCUCUCUCUCUCUCUCUCACUAAAACCCAGCAUCUCCAAUGUUAGCCACCACGCCUGCUCAUGCCCUCAGGCUCAGGUACGUGCUCCCCACGCGCUCCUGGCUCCACAAGCUCCGAUGCUCCUCCUCCGCGGUUCCUCUAUCUCACCUCUCUGCUUCUGAGCUCUCCGGCGGUAACAACACACUGAAGGCGAACGAAGAGAACACCUCCGAGAAGAAAACGGCACCGUAUUACCCGAAACGAGGGCAGACGGUGGAGCUUGUCUGCGAGAGUUUAGGAUUCAAAGGCAAAGGAAUCUGUAAAGUCGAUGGCACUGGCUUCGUCGUCAUGUGCGACCGUGCUCUUCCCGGAGAGCGUUUUCUCGGCCGUGUCACUCGCCGUAAAGGCAGCUACGCUGAGGUGACAAAGAUCAAGACUUUAACUCCACAUAGGGACUUAGUAGAAGCUCCUUGUGAGUAUGCUUCCUACUGUGGUGGUUGCAAAGCUCAGAAUCUGUCUUAUGAAGCUCAGGUUAGGGCUAAAGAGGAACAAGUUUAUGAGCUUAUCACGCAUGUCGGAAGGUUUUCUGAUAACACUCCUGGUCUUGAGACUGUCUUGAAGCCUAUUGUUCCUUGUGAUACCCAGUUCAAUUACCGUAACAAGAUGGAGUUUUCAUUUGGUCCACAAAGAUGGCUUCCGGUUGAGAUGUUGGGCGAGAGAGAAGAUGGUCCUAAGAGCUUUGCCUUGGGGCUACACGCUCCUGGAUUUUUUGACAAGGUUUUGAAUGUUGACAAGUGCUUGUUACAAAGCGAGCCUGCUAAUAUGGUUCUUGCUGCUGUUCAAGAUUGCUGGAGAGAUCCUGAAUUAGGUCUUUCGCCCUAUAAUGCUCGUUCUCAUGCCGGGUUUCUUAAACAUUUGAUGCUCAGAACUGGAAGGAACGUGGAGACUGGUUCACAAGAACUCAUGGUCAAUUUUGUGACAUCCUCUUAUAAGCCAGAGUUGUUGAAGCCCCUGGUUGACAAAAUUUCAUCAAUUCCUGAAGUGGUAAGCAUCAUGAAUAAUGUAAAUUCCUCUGUUGGGAAUACAUCUGUCGGGGAACAAGAAUAUACUCUCUACGGUAAAGAAACAAUCGCAGAGGUCUUGAGAGGCCUUACAUUUCAAAUCUCAGCCAACUCUUUCUUUCAGACUAACACUCAUCAGGCUGAAGUUCUGUAUAAGCUAAUUGAGGAAUGUGCUGGACUUAAAGGAGAUGGCUCAGAAGUUGUGCUUGAUCUUUUCUGUGGAACUGGUACCAUCGGUCUUACACUUGCCAGAAGGGCGAAGCAUGUGUAUGGUUAUGAAGUAGUUCCACAAGCAAUAACAGAUGCACACAAGAAUGCUCAAAUAAACGGCAUAGAGAAUGCAACAUUCAUCCAAGGGGAUCUAAAUAAAAUAGGAGAGGAUUUUGGGAGCAAUUUCCCUAAACCUGAUAUCGUUAUUUCUGAUCCCAAUCGACCUGGUAUGCACAUGAAGUUGAUCAAGUUUCUGCUAAACCUUAAAUCUCCACGGAUCAUUUAUGUUUCAUGUAACCCUGCAACCUGCGCUAGAGAUCUUGAUUACCUUUGUCAUGGCGUGGAGGAGAAGAAUAUAAAGGGUUGCUACAAACUGAUGAGUGUGCAGCCAGUGGAUAUGUUCCCUCACACUCCUCACAUUGAAUGUGUCUGCUUGCUUGAGCUUUCUUGUGUUCUCUUGUGACCAUGUCUGCUUCAUUUGGUCGCUAAGCAGAUGUGAAACAAUUAAAACAGAUAUUGUUUUAGCUUGAGGGAAUUAAGAUUUUAAAUUAGAUUUUUUUUGGGAUCAGCACGUCUCUAAUAGCAUUGGCAGACAAGAUUAGUAAACAUCAUUACACCACUUUCUCCUUUCAUGAACUGACUUGAAUGAACAAUUAUUUGCAAAGAACAAAAGAUAAGUAGUUGACUUCAACAAGAACAUGAUCAAUGUAAACCGAGUACAACUUCCAAAGAGCUUUCAUCUUCUGGUCUUAAUUUCGUUUUCUUGAGCUAAGUUGACGAGCGUAAGCUGCAACACGCUUUGCCCACUUCACGAUACCUGCCUUGAGCUUCUUAGAAUCCAUACGACUCAAACACAAUGGUUUAUUCUUCCCAUCCGUUGAUGUCUCCAGGAAAGAGAAUGACAAGCAUCGAUAAGAACUCGACUUUUGGCUUCCAUUGUUUUUUCUCUCUGAUGCCUGUUUCUUGACAGACAUGACAGAGAGAUCUUCAAAUAAAAGCUAAGAAUUGCUGUAAUUUUUCGAGUUGUGAAGAGACUUUAUAACAGAGAAAUACGCAGACAUAAGAAAGAUAGUCUUACAAGUCAUUAGACAUGAUAUGGGUUUAAGGUAAAAGACGUGUAAGCG